UUUAGCGUCAAUGAGGCCGCAUCUUUAUUUGAGGAUUUUUCUUGAUAGCAGAGAAAAGACAAAGGUGUCACGAGUCACGAUCACUCGCUCCCUGAUCCCUGAAAGCAAUACGCCUUCUGUGAACAUUAAAAUUGUGGACAUGAACUACAAAAUGUCGACGAAUAUUCUCAGAAGGUAGCCAAUGCCAGCGACAUACGAGUCAGCAAUAUUGAUGAUACUAGACUGGUGAAUGUCCGACAAUGAUAUUCAGAUAAACAGGUGAUCGCGAACUAAUCGGAUACACGUGUGAGUCUUAAUAAAUAUGGAGAGUCUAGAACGUUGUGUAAAGUCGCUAGAGGAGAAUGACAACAACGUGCGCGACGAAGCACGGAAAGCAUUAUUAAAUAUUUGUUGUAAUGUAUUGGGAUCGCCGAACAAUAACAAGGCACGCGAGGUACAUCUGGAUGAUGAAGUAGUCAUCGAGAAGCUUCUGCCAGCUAUCGGUGCCAUGGAAUGUUUGUUCGACGUCGGUUACGUCGAGGAUGGGGAACGUAUAUUUUUGCCAGACAACGCAUCUCUUUCAAGACUUCAACAUUUGUCAAAAUUGUUAUCUGCUGUGUCAGAGAGCAUAUCUGUAACUGAGGAAAAUUCUACAAUGCGGAAAGAAUUUUUCAAAAGAAUUUCUGGACAUUUUCACGAUGUUUUACAUUAUGAAGAUCCAAAUUUACAAAGAAAGGCUAAAAAUCUUAUACCAAUUAGACAAUUAGAAAUUGCAGCUAUGAAAAAGAUGAGAGAGAUACAAAAGGGUCUUAAAUUUAACAAUGCGGGAGAAAGUACCUCAGAUCAAUUUGAGGUCUUGAUGGCUAAAGAUUUGCUGCUUGGCGAGCUUUUACAUUGGUUUAAGCAUGAAUUUUUUAAAUGGGUUAACAGUCCAAAGUGUUCAAGAUGUUCUAGUGAAUGUGUAUAUGAGAGUUUAGUACCAUCUACAGAUCGUCAAUGCUCGAGGAUAGAGUUACACAGAUGUAAAAAAUGCAAUGUAGUUGUCGAAUUUCCUCGUUAUUCGCAUCCAGAGCCAUUAUUGAUGCUGAGACGCGGUCGUUGCGGAGAAUGGGCCAAUGUGUUCACACUUUUAUGUCGUUCGCUAGAUUAUGAUGCACGGUUUAUAUGUGAUGAGACAGAUCACGUUUGGACAGAGAUAUGGUCCGAAUCAAGUAACAGAUGGAUUCACCUAGAUCCGUGUGAGAAUAUAAUAGACAAGCCAUUAAUGUAUGAGAAAGGAUGGAAAAAGAAAUUAACAUAUAUAAUAGCCUAUUCCAAGGAUGAAGUGCAAGAUGUUACAUGGCGUUAUACACGAAAUCCUGAAGCCGUCCUGAAAAGGCGGAAAAUUUGCAGCGAACAGAGCUUAAUAAAAUUUUUACGAUCAUUAAGUGAUCAACGACAAAAUUCGCCGAAUUACAGCCGAGCACGCAGAGAAUAUAUCGUCAAGCGGAGUCUGUCGGAGCUUGCUAAUAUGCUAUACAUUCCAAAUUUACAAAAUGAGAAUUCCGAUGAAACUUACGAAGGGCGGACCUCGGGUUCUCUUGUAUGGAGAUUAGCACGAGGUGAAACCGAACAGGCCAACAUAGAAAAGAAUUAUAUUUGGGAUGUUUCUAAAUAUGAACAAACAUUUGAAUUGCAAUAUAAUAUUGUUAAAGACAUAUAUCAUAUUGUGCAUAAUGAUGGUACAAUUUUGGAACAAAAAUCUGGGUGGCAGGAAGGAAUAAAUACUACAGAUGGUGGAAUCUUUCGUAAAGUGGAAGAUGAUUGGAAGAUGGUUUAUUUAGCGCGAUCUCCGGAUGCACAGUGUGGACGUAUUAAAUGGACUUUUAAAAUUGCAAAUUCUAAAUUGUAUUUAGAGACAUUUAAUCUAAAAGCUAAAUCAGAAGUGUUUCAUGAAGCUAGUGUAUCCUGGAAGAUUGAAGCUGUUUUUAGUGAUGAUAAAGUGAUUGCCAUACCUAUUUCUAACUGCAAUAAUUUUUAUACAGAAGAAAUACAAAAAGCUGUGAAAUUAGAUAUAAUUGUAACAUUGUCUGGCGGACAAGGUCAACUUGCUUGGCAACAUGCUCAACUAUUUCGACAAAGUCUAGAGAAUAUCGAGGAACCAUCUAUGAUAGUUAGUAUUCGACUGAAAAAUCGCACAUGAUUUCUACAAGCUGUAUGGUUAAUGAUUGAAGUUUUGUAGGGUAAAUUAUUUAGAAUUUUCUUCCAGUUAAAAUUUUUUAUUAUCUAAAUAUAAUAUC